AUGGAAGAGCAAGAUCAGAAUCAAGAAAACAGCAGAAAUACCAAUCUUGUGCUGGAUCUGAGCCUCUCAAGCAAGGAUAUUGAUCCAAAUUCCAGGCCGGAACUCAAUCUUUUGGAGAAAAAUCCUUCUGAAAAUCCGUCGAAUAAUGAUCCAAGUCCUCGAGGUAAUGAAUCCGAACCACGUGUUUUUUCCUGCAACUAUUGUCAAAGGAAAUUCUAUAGUUCCCAGGCUCUAGGAGGCCAUCAAAAUGCUCAUAAGCGCGAGCGGACCAUCGUGAAACGCGGGCACUGCUUUGGUGGCGCCGCCUCUCUCAGUUUCGGCCGGUCUUCGAGCAUGGGUUUUCCGCCACUGCAUGGAUCAUUGAAUAGGUCUCUUGGGAUUCACGUGCACUCUACAAUUCAUAAGCCAACUUUUUUAGCACCAUCCACCAUAUAUGGACAAUAUGGCUGGUCUAGAAAACCUCUUGAUCAGCAACCAACAAUCGGGAGGCUGGCAGCUGAGAAUCAUCACGUUGGCAGUCCAUCGAAUGGCGGAGCAGCUAGAUUUGACACUGUUCAGAAGUUUUCAUCAGUGGUCAACGCCGUACUCGACUGCUCAAGCCUCAAGUUCGGUACUCAACUAGCUCGACAAUUAGUGACCACAAUAUAUACAACUGCAACCUUUGAUUAUAUUAGCCUCUAA